CAGAGGGAACCCUCGCAGACCUCAGCCGCGGUGCCACGGAGCAGAGAAACAAAUCAAGUCACGUUGAGUUGAGAAGGAAAAAAGAACUUGCCCACCUCCGGACUGAUUUUUAUUCCCCCUUCCUCAUCUCGGAGGGUUGUUUUCUGAAUUAAUAGGCGAAGAGGAAAUUUAAAAAAAAAGCAGAAAAAAAAGCGAUUAGUUCGGACUUGAUGAGAAAGUGAAAAACACAAAGUCCCGCUUGCGGUGCCGACCGGUGGAAUAUGAUUUGAACCAGAGAGAGAUUGCUCUGUUGCUCGCACACAGGAUGAAUCGCCGUACGCUUCAUGCCGUCAUGCUGCUGUGGACCCUGUGCCCCAGCGCAGAGGGCCAGUGUGAUAAAUCACCAGAGACCAGCAAGCUCAACCUCUCGGUCAACUACGAGCUCCCGACGUUCUCUGCAGACUUCCCCAUCCAGAACAUGGUGACGCUCGAUGGGAUCGUCUAUGUCGGUGCUGUGAACCGAAUCUAUGCCCUGUCUCCAAACCUCACCAAGCUCUCAGAGUACCGCACGGGGCCACUGCUGUCCAACGAGACAUGCGGCCAGAACCCGGCCGGAGCGGGGAGCGGCGGCAUGGUGGACAACCACAACAUCGCCAUGGUGGUGGAGAACAUUUACGACAAGGGCUUGUACAGCUGCGGCUCAGCGGACAACGGCGUUUGCCGCCGCCACGUCCUGGAUGAUGACACGAGCCCUAAAACUGUCGACGAACAGGUCUACUGCUUCGCCGACAAGGUGAGGCGAGGCAGGGGUCAACCCGGUGACGCCGACGCCGUGGUCAGCCCUUCCGGCUCUCAGGUGCUCAACGUGGAGAGCAACGUCAUCAAGUUUUUCGUGGGGAACUCUGAGAUCCCUGGCUUGGAAAACGCACCAGGCAAUGGACCGCAUCCCCACACCCUCUCUCUGCGGAAGAUGAAGACUAGCCAAAAUGGCUUCACUUUCUUCUCCAACCACUCGUACAUGGACCUGAUUCCAUCUCUUCGUGGGAACUACUACCUGCGCUACAUUUACUCCUUCCACAGUGGACCUUUUACCUAUUUCCUCACUGUGCAGCGGGUGAGCAAGGACUCCCAGGCCUACCACACCCGCAUCGUUCGCAUGUGCUCCUCAGAUCUGGUGAUCCGCCGCUAUGUGGAGAUGCCCCUCGAAUGCAUCAGCACCGACAAGCGGCGCCGACGUUCCGCAAAAGACAUGAAGGUAUUCAACAUCCUGCAGGCGGCCCACGUCACCAAAGUGGGCAGUGACGUUGAGCUGCAGAAGCAGCUUAAUGUGGAAGAGGGGGACGACGUCCUGUUCGCCGCCUUCGCGCGGGGAAAACCGAACUCUCCCGAGCCGUCCCCGAGCUCAGCCGUCUGCAUCAUGUCUCUGAAACACAUCAACACCAUGUUCAAGAAUUACAUGCAGAGCUGUAACACAGUCGACCCCUAUCACUUCACGGGAUCAGACAAGAAGUCCUGCUACAAUGUGAGUUCAUCCGACGACUGCGACCCACAUGAGGGAAUCCAUGAGGGCAAAGAGGGCAAGUACCGCCUGCAGGUGACCCAGUUCGUCCAGCGGUUGGAGUACUGGCACAGAGAGCUGACGAACACCUUGGUUACCUCUAUAGCCGUGGUGCCCGUCCAUGGCCGCGCAGUGGCGUACCUGGGCACCGCCGAUGGACGCCAUAUACAGGUGCUGUGCUCCCGAUUCGCCUCUCCUCACGUCAACGUCCGCCUGGACUCCAGACCGGUCUCCUCCAGCGUGGCCCUGCCGGACGCCGACCACUCGGGGGGAGCCCUGCUAGUGGCCACGGGAAACAAGAUCACCAAGGUCCCUCUGAUUGGCCCCGGCUGUGGUCAUCUGACCACCUGCACUUCCUGCCUGCUGUCGUCUCGGGUGACUGAAUGUGGCUGGUGCGAUGGACGCUGCACCAGAGCCGACCAGUGUCCCGCCUCCGUCUGGACACAACACUACUGUACACCGGUCAUUACCAAGGUUUCCCCGACCUCGGGGCCAAUACGGGGCUCCACGGCGGUCACCAUUUGCGGCCGCAACUUUGGCUACGACAAGACGGAGAGCUUCAAGGCCUCGCUGGUGACCGUGGAGGUGGCGGGGGCUCCCUGCAAACUGCCCAGACAGGACAGCGUCAACAGGUGGACGGAGCUGCAGUGUUACCCAGUGUUCAGUGGGAACUUCACCCCGUCGGGACACACGGUGAAGGUCACCACCGGCAGCAAGGUGGCCAAGGCGGAGGGCUUCACCUUCGUGGAGCCGGUGAUCCACGAAAUCUUCCCGACGUUUGGGCCCAAGUCCGGAGGCACCAUGCUGACCAUCAGGGGAGCCUUCCUGGAUACGGGGAACAAGCAGGAGGUGCUGGUUGGGAAAGCGGCCUGUAAAAUCCAGAGCCUGUCGUCUGCCAUGCUGACCUGCAAAGCGCCCCCUCACGCUGUCCCGUCGGAGCAGCCCGUGAGGCUGACGGUGGAUUCGGUGGAGGUCCACGCCCCCGUGCUGUUCACCUACAACCAAGACCCCAUCAUCAACAGCAUCCAGCCCUCGCGCUCCUUCGUCAGCGGAGGCUGCACGGUGUCGGCCCACGGCUUCUUCCUCCAGUCCGGCCUCCAGCCCCAGAUGGUCCUCACCACGGGCCAGGAUGCCGAGGUUUUCCAUGUGAGCUGUGUGUACGGUGAGAACAGGACGUCCAUCCAGUGCACCACGCCCUCUCUGGCCAAGCUGGCGCUGCAGCCCCCGGUGGUCACCAAGGUGGCGUUUGUCCUGGACGGCUACUACACGGACCAGUGGGACCUGAUCUACGUGGAGGACCCCCUUUUCCAGGACCCCAAGCUCACGUCCAAGGACAACAAGAGCAUAGUGGAGCUCAAGGGCGAUCGGAUGGACAGGGAGGCGAUGAAGUGUCAGGUCCUGACCGUUUCCAACCGCAGCUGCGAGAGUCUGACCCUGGUGGGGAACACUCUGGAGUGCACCGUUCCCACGGAGCUGCGGGCCACCAGCGCGAAGGAGCUGCAGGUGGAGUGGCGCCAGGCGGAUUCCAUCAGGCACCUGGGCAAAGUGACGCUGGCACAGGAGCAGGACUACACGGGCCUGAUCGUGGGCUGCGUGUGCGUCAGCCUGCUGCUGCUGCUGCUGGGAACGCUGCUGAUGUGGAGGAGGAACAAACACAUCGACGAUCUGUCUGAGGUGUGGUAUGACGGCCGCGGUCACAUCCAGCACCUGGACAGGCUGGCCAACGCGCGGAGCGUCAGCCCCACUAAUGAAAUGGUCUCCCACGAGUCGGUCGACUACAGAACCACCCUGCUGGAGGACCAGGGCAACGACAGGCCCGAGACGUGCCGGGGGGCUGCACCCGUCUACGGGGGCAACGGUGAGCUGCUGUCUCCCCGACAGGGCGGAGGAAUGAGAAUGGGUCUUGGGAUGGAGGGCGAGCUGGUGUCGCCCCUCCUCAUGGCGCCGGUCCACAUAGAUCCCUCCUGUCUCCACCCAGACCUGCUGACUGAGGUGCAGCACGUGGUGAUCGCCAGGGAGCAGCUGCUGCUUCACCUCAACCAAGUCAUUGGCAGAGGUCACUUCGGGUGUGUUUUCCACGGGACUCUGCUCGAGCCGGACGGGCAGAAGCAGCACUGCGCCGUCAAGUCCCUGAACCGCAUCACAGACCUUGAAGAGGUGUCCCAGUUCCUGAAGGAGGGGAUCAUCAUGAAGGACUUCAGCCACCCCAACGUCCUCUCUCUGCUGGGUAUCUGCCUGCCGCCCGAGGGUUCGCCGCUGGUGGUCCUGCCGUACAUGAAGCACGGCGACCUGCGCAACUUCAUCCGCGACGAGACACACAGCCCGACAGUGAAAGACCUGAUGGGCUUCGGGCUGCAGGUGGCCCGAGGGAUGGAGUAUCUGGCCAGCAAGAAGUUCGUCCAUCGAGACCUCGCCGCCAGAAACUGCAUGUUGGAUGAGAGCUACACGGUGAAGGUGGCGGACUUCGGCCUGGCCAGAGACGUUUAUGAUAAAGAGUAUUACAGCGUCCACAACAAGAGCGGCGUCAAGCUGCCCGUCAAAUGGAUGGCUCUGGAGAGUCUGCAGACACACAAGUUCACCACCAAGUCAGACGUGUGGUCGUUUGGCGUGUUGCUAUGGGAACUGAUGACCCGCGGAGCCCCGCCCUACUCCGACGUGAACUCCUUCGACAUCACCGUGUUCCUCCUGCAGGGACGGAGGCUGCUGCAGCCAGAGUUCUGCCCUGACGCCCUCUACACACUGAUGAUCGAGUGCUGGCACCCCAAGCCCGAGCGCCGGCCCACUUUCUCCGAGCUGGUGGCGCGCAUCUCCGCCAUCUUCUCCAGCUUCAGCGGGGAGCACUACGUCCUGCUCAACACCACCUACGUCAACAUCGAGAAGAUGAGCCCGUACCCCUCCCUCCUCAGCUCCACCGCUUCCUCUCCCCCGGCGGCGUCCUCCGCCUCCGACCCCACCACCUCCACGUCCCUGCCCUCCCGGUCCCCCUUCCUUUGCCACGCGGAGCGCGACUGCUGCACCUGAACGGGGGGAAGCGCAGGGAGGGACGGCAGGUGGGAAAAAGACUCGGGUAAGAGAGCAGGUGGGGUGACGAAGAACUACUGUAUGUACUUGCCAAACACUGGACACCGUAUGCUGAGGAAACGCAACAGGCAGUUUUUGCAGCUUCGACUGCUCACUCAAUGUACAUAGAUCCUCUUUGACCUUUGACCUUCUCAAGCAUCGCCUGAACGACAGGAGCCCCCAUGGGGAUGACUUUAACGGCAAAGCCUGUCUGACCUUUCACUGACCCCAGGGAGUGGGCGGUCAGCCUUUCCUGAUUCUUCCGCAAGACGACCACGAGGCACGGGAACGCCUCCGCCGCGAUUCUACAGCGCACAAAGCCACCCGCACCGAAGCGCAGCGCUAUCCGUCAAACGCCAGAAAACAAGUCCCGCCGACUGCCGUGCCCCCGAGAGGAGGGAUGUCCCGAUCCUGCUCUCGUCUGGGUGGCUGGGUGGGCUUUGAUACGCGGAUGUGGCUUGGACCUUCUUUUUUUUCCCCCCGCUGUCUGUAAUGUGAAUGUUUUCGACAAAUGGCCGCGUAUCGUGUCGCGUAAAGACUUUGACUCCUCCGCACCCUCUGAGCCAGACCGUAUGCCACCCUCGUGUGCCUGAGAGACAAUGGGGGCCUGCCGGGAUAGAUUCCGCUGCCUCGGGCGAGUAAACCGAGGCCGGCAGGACAUCAAUAAACGCAGGGAACAGAGGAAUGGCGAUGUAGGUGUGAGGAGAGAGAUGUGUAAAAUAAAACUGCCGUCGAGCAGGUCACUGGAUGCUUCAUUUGUGUAAUUAUCUUUGGAUGAUUGGGCUUUAACGUGCUUGUUUAAAAAAAAAAAAAUGAUUGGAAUCCCCUGGAUGAUGAGUGGAUGAGUGGAAAAGGUCAUGAUAGCCUUUUAUUUUCCCUUCUGUUUUUAAAAUCACUACGACUCUGACAGCAGGAACAACGCCUGAGGUUUUCUUGGAAAGGAAGAGAACGAAUCAUUUUUUUGGGGUGUGAAAUUUAUGGAUUGAUAAACUGUCUUAGUUGUUCACUGUGUGUCAGAUCUGUGUCUGUUCUGUGGAACUUACAAACCUAUUGACCGAGAAUAUACUCUGCGCGACGGAAUGAUGAACUCGCGUUCGGUUGAACAAGGAGAAACCUUGAAAAACUCCUUCGUCCUCAACACUUUAUCAAUCCUAUAGAACUUUUGGUCCACAUUUUCAACAAGGAGCUUGUUGCCCCCUGAACAUUUCACAAAGAGCGUCGAGGAGAACGUUUAGCUCAAAGGUUCCCUGUGUGGUCCCACGGCUUCAGACUGGCCGCGCGUUGUCGCGCCACUGUCGCCAGCGACGGUGUGUCACUGUAUCUCCGUGUUUGUUCCGUCUUCAUGAAGAAAUGCUUCCGUGUUCAAGACCAAAACCAGGGCACGUUUUAGCUUCUUUACUACAAAUGAUGUACAUUUUGUAAAAGUCUGUCGCAGAGAUUUUCAAUUUUUUGGAAUGUUUUUUCAUGCAGCCAUUGACUUCCAUUCAUUCAAGUACAAUAUACACACUCACAUGUGUUUGUUUGCAUUGUCUGCAUUGUGAUUUAAUGCAGUUAAAGUGCAGAAGUGUAUCCUGUGACACAAUGUAACCAUAGUGAUAUAGAAAUGAAUGGCUGUCUGGAACCAUAGGGGGAAAAAAUGCAUCCAAUUGUUAUCUGUGACAUAAGGGGAAUGUCAUUUGUGGUAAAUGGGCUAUAACCCCAGAAUACCGGUGUGGUCAUUGCCCCUAUGUUCUUUGCUUUGUGCUGUAAAUUAUGUUGUUUUUUUCUUUUCUUUUUUUUUUUUUUUUUAAAUCUGAAUGGCUGCUGAUGUGACUGGGCCAUUGACGGACAGGUAUGAAUGUUUGCUAUGACAAGAAAAUUGCUGUACUAUAUUUUUUUGUGUCCUUUAAAAUCUGCUCCGACGGGACGACCGGCGGCGAGUGAACCGUGCCACGAACAACGGACAAAGUCCUUUUUGUUUUCAAGACGAAUCACUGCCAUUUUGUAAAUACAGAGGAGGGGCCUGUGUGGGUCUGACUGACUCACCUCGCCUCUGAUCAUUACCGCCGGAUCGUUGCGGGAGGAACGUGACGAUGCGAACACACGUGAGCAACGUGUCGCGACGCCACAAAGAACUGCUGUCACUUUGAUCAUGUGAUUUUUGUUGUUGUUGUUGUUGUUGUUGUUGUCACGACUCUGUCUGCUUAACACUGUCCAUUCUAUGUCUGCGUGUGUGUGUCUAUGAUUUGUUGUCUAUUAAAGAAAAUCCGAAGGUACAUGUUCCCAUGUAAUGUCAAAUGAACUUUGUCAGUGUAAUAAAGCUAUACUAUAAGAGUU